CCAGUUUCUUUAAGACACAGAAAAGCCCAAAUAACCUUGCGCGUGGAAGCAGGGAGCAGCUCCGAGCAGAGGUCCCUCUCAAGCCACGUCGUUUAUAAAUAGACCUCACGCUGUGCCACCGCUUGACACCUGUCUUUCGCCAUCAUUUUCACGAAACGUCAACAACGUGAGAGGACGCACGGGCAACCUCGUAUAGUGUUGGAAGUUAUAACGCGAGUGACGAGCCUCCAGCGAGCAAUCAGCAAAUGAGUGGAAGGGGCUGCAGAGGAGACUGAUUUAGCAACGUCGAAGACUUGCAAACACGAGGCCCUUUAAAACACAACCCAAGCCUCUGGGUGACCGGGUGUCUGACACCCUUUGGAACCUGUGAAGGGCACCUAUGGCCCACCGUGUGCACGAGCACCAGAGCCGCCUGCCCGUGGCCCAGGCCACUGUGCUGACUCUGCCACCGUCCAGCCAAGCAAAGGACCUGAGGCCCAGAUGGACUGCUGUGGACUCCCUGCUGUGUGGUGCGUUUGCCGGCGCUGUGGCCAAAACGGUAAUUGCACCUCUGGAUCGGACCAAGAUCAUUUUCCAAGUGUCUUCGAAAAGAUUCUCGGCCAAGGAGGCGUUCAGGCUCAUCUACUGUACGUACAUGAAGGAUGGGCUGCUCAGCCUGUGGAGGGGGAACUCUGCCACCAUGGUGAGGGUCAUGCCCUACGCUGCCAUCCAGUUCUGCUCACAUGAACAGUACAAAGUUCUGCUGGGGAGCCACUACGGCUACCAGGGCAAAUCUCUGCCUCCGUUCCCACGUUUCCUCGCCGGGUCUCUGGCCGGCACAACCGCCGCCAUGCUCACCUACCCUUUGGACAUGGUGCGAGCCAGGAUGGCCGUCACCGCCAGAGAAAUGUACAGCAACAUCAUGCACGUCUUUGUGCGGAUCUCCCAGGAGGAAGGUUUGAAGACGCUUUACAGAGGCUUCACCCCCACCAUCCUGGGUGUCAUCCCGUAUGCAGGGAUCACAUUCUUCACUUAUGAGACCCUCAAAAAACUACACACAGAAAAGACAAAGCGAUCUCAGCCGUACCCUUAUGAGCGCUUGGCCUUCGGCGCCUGUGCAGGCCUAAUCGGACAGUCGGCUUCUUACCCUCUGGACGUGGUGCGUCGGCGCAUGCAGACGGCCGGCGUCACCGGCUCGUCCUACGGCACAAUCAUGGGGACCAUGCGGGAGAUCAUAAAGCACGAGGGAGUCGUGCGUGGACUGUACAAGGGACUGAGCAUGAACUGGCUCAAAGGGCCCGUCGCGGUGGGGAUCAGCUUCACCACGUUCGACAUGACGCACAGCCUUCUGCUCAAGCUGCAUCAGAUGGGCUAUUUCGUCCACUGAAUUGUGCCGCAGCGACGGAGCGGUCGCGAAAAGCACAAAAUGAGACUGGCGCAAAGUAAGGCGCUCAGCCCGUGCUCUCUGCAAUGCCGUCCUGCUGCAACACACUCCUGUUCCCUUCUAACAGGACGUCGGGUGGAGUGGAUGAGUGGACGGGGGAUUGUUGUGCACACAGAAAUGUCUCCUCGCGCAGACGAGCGCGGAAACAAUAAAGUGUUUGUUUGUUUUUUUUUUAUUGUGAUUUGUCGCAAUCAGAACAAUCGUGGUACUGUCGGGAAAGAGCGGAGGAAGACAGUGUUCUUUUAAACGGAUCUAUAUGGAGGACUUUGUGUUUAUAAGAUAAUGCUUGCACUUUGUUAGACCUGCAAUGUUCUUUCAGUUUAAUCCUGCGUCAACACGGAGAGCUGUGACAGUGAUGAGUUUUAAUUCUUUUAAGUCUUUGUUUUCUUAGCGGGUUUUUCCCUUUGAUCGUGUUAAAUGACCUGGCGACGUUUUUUUUAAAGGGUGGCUCCGCACUAUGUUUUAAUUUUAAGUUUUAUGUGGGUACCACGGUGCAUUGAAUUUGAUGACGGGUUGAAUGAUUGUAGGAGGGUGAUGAUGUCAGCAGGACUGUACAGUUUCACUGUCCAUCCAGCACUAAGGUGUUUAUAGUAACUAUCAUGUCUAAUAAGUGAACCCUAAUCAAAUAUUUUAAAAAUAAUUCUAUAUAUUAUAGGUAAUAUUUGCACAUUAUUGAAAUUUCAUCUCUUUUCCAGCGAUGUGCAGAUAUGUGUCUUUGUGUUUAUAAAGCAGAGUUAACACACACACACACAAACAAACAAUAAAUCCUUUAAAUAUGCCAAAGUUUCAUGUAAAAUACAGAGAAAUCAAACGUUCUCUGAUCAUGUACAUUUGAGACACAGUAUAUCCAAAGAUGUAAGUGUACACUCAUAUCUGAUCUUGCAAUAAAGUGUCCAUCUACAACAGA